AAUGCACGGCCUACUGAAACCAAAUUGUCGAGACAGGCCCAUACACACAAAAAUAAAAAACUUAGGCAUGAUCAGAAACAAGUCGAAAUGCUUCAUGAGUUGGAUGUUGACAUCUCUUUGCUAAUCAAUGAUAUCAUCUUCGAUCCAUCUCGGUAUCGAAUCCAAUCUGCCACCCGAAAAAUAUCUGCUAAUGAUAAUAUUUAUUAUUUGGAGAGGGAGUGGACAAGUAUUCCCCUCUGCUCUUCAGAUCGGAUAUCAACCAAAAAAAAUAAGACUCGGUACGACAUAUCGGCCAGAGAAUUGCUAAUUGAAACUCUAAUUAGAGAAGCAAAAUCCUCUGACAGUAACUCUUUUGAGUUGUCCGAGAUUCCGUCAAACUUUCUCUCUCUGAUCUAUACUGACAUUAUUAGAGAGACCGAUGUCGGCAUUGAGGGAUCAUCGCCUAAUACCACUAAUAAGCGAUUUGAUAGGGACUUUCAAGAUCUUUUUGACAUAGCUACUGCUUUUAAUACUCGAAGAGAAAAGGCACGUCUGAUUAUAUCAGCAUGUCAUAAUCCCCAAUCGAUAAGUGAAUUGGUCCAAUUCAAAUAUAUAGCGGAACCAGAGUGCAUUACAAAUCUAAGUGGCCGAACAUUGGUUCACUUAGAGCAACUCGAUGACUAUAAUGCCGUUAUACUUGCAACCAAUGCUGUAAAUAAUUAUUAUUUCCAUAUGUUGAAGCAUCUAUUAUAUCGAAGCGACGAAUUUUGGACCAAUUUUAUCGAACAUUUUGGGGCUUAUACCAGAAACAACUUGCUCCCUUUUACAAGCUCCAAUACUGCAAGUACGCAUAAUGUUGAUCACCAUGAAUGCAUCAACAAAUUACUUCAAGGUCUCAAGGUAUUAUCAGACUGUGUCAACUGGUUUCUCCGAGACUAUUAUGGAGAUUUAUAUACGAAAUUGAGCAGGCUGUUAUGGGGUCCAUUUGCGCCGAAGCCCUUUGGAGUUUUCCCAAUAAUAGCUAUUAAUUUUAAUACCACUAGUGACUAUCAUUGGGAUGAGCAUGACAAGGCAAAUAGUUUAUGUGUCUUAGUUGCACUAGAGGAUUACGAAGGAGGAGAGUUAUAUUUUCCUCAGCUCCAAAUGGUUGUACAUCUUAGGCCAGGACAAAUCGUAGCAUUUGCCUCACAUUUAUUACUUCAUG